CAUCUUCUUUCACUUUCAUUCUCUCUCUCCCUUUGUCUCCGUCUCCAUCUCCUAUCUCCUGUCUCCUGUGUCUCUUCUUCUUCUUCUUCUCCUCUUUGUGGUUGUUUGUCCAACGGUUCUUGCCAGCCUCGGAUCGUCUCCACCCGCUCGAUCUUAUCUCAUCUUUCGCCCGCCCUUCUAGAACCUUUUCUUUUUCUUUCUUCACUCUUCACGCAUUCAACUCUCCCCUCUCCAUCGACAUCAUGACUUCCCCCUCCACCAUCCGACAGAGAUUCCUCUCCAAGCCCAACCAGCUGGGCGUUGUGGCUGUGGGCUUCAAUGGCGGUCAGUGCAAGAUGGGCGUCGAGGCUGCCCCGAUGGCCCUGGUCGAAGCGGGUCUCCUGGAGCAACUCCGCGACGACCUGGGCUACGACCUCCACUAUGACGACCAGGUGCACAACUACGAGGACAAGAUGCUGGCGGAGGACCCCGACCACCGCGGCAUGAAGAAGCCGCGGUCGGUCAGCGCCGUGACCGAGACCCUGAGCUCGCAGGUGUACGAGCACGCCAAGGAGGGCAAGUUCGUGCUGACGCUGGGCGGAGACCACUCGAUCGCGAUCGGCACCAUCUCGGGCACGGCCAAGGCCAUCCGCGAGCGUCUGGGCCGCGAGAUGGCCGUCAUCUGGGUCGACGCCCACGCCGACAUCAACGUCCCCGAGAUGAGCCCCAGCGGGAACAUCCACGGCAUGCCCAUGGCGUUCCUGACCCGCCUUGCCCGCGAGGAGCGCAGGGAUAUCUUCGGAUGGCUGCAGGAUGAGCACAUCGUCAACACCCGCAAGCUGGUGUACAUUGGUCUGCGCGAUGUCGACCGCGGGGAGAAGCAGCUCCUCCGCGAGCAUGGCAUCAAGGCGUUCAGCAUGCAUGAUGUUGAUCGGUACGGUAUCGGUCGCGUGGUCGAGAUGGCCCUGGCUCACAUCGGCAACGACACGCCGAUUCACCUGUCGUUUGACGUCGAUGCGCUGGACCCGCAGUGGGCGCCUAGCACGGGCACCCCCGUGCGCGGUGGCCUGACGCUGCGCGAGGGCGACUUCAUCUGCGAGUGCGUGCACGAGACGGGCAACCUGGUGGCGAUGGACCUGGUGGAGGUGAACCCGAGCCUGGAGGAGUCGGGGGCCAGCGACACGAUCCGGACGGGCUGUUCGUUGGUGCGCAGCGCCCUGGGCGAUACGUUGCUUUAGGGGGCGACAGAAAUGAGGCAUGAGAUGGGAGAUUGUAGACAGUAUAGUAUACAUACAUACCUUAGAGGAUGGGACGGAUAGAAUGCGCCGUCGUACGAUAUGAUAUAAUGAAUGACUCGAGCAAUCGACGGAUUAGUUUACUUCU